GUCGCUCGCUGCUCACUGACCCGUGCUGGUUCCCGACUUUAUAAGAGUCCAAGGUUUUUCGCACGAGGGAGGCUGCGAAAAGGUGAGGACGAAGAAGGGAGGCGCAUUCAUGAGCUCCCUGUACGAUAUCUCCUGCUUCGCUGCUGGCCUUGCAGGCAACAUCUUCGCACUUGCCCUCUUCCUGUCGCCGGUGCCGACGUUCAAGAGGGUCCUGAAGGCCAAAUCGACGGAGCAGUUCGAUGGGCUCCCCUACCUGCUCUCCCUGCUCAACUGCUGCAUCUGCCUCUGGUACGGCCUCCCCUGGGUCUCCGAUGGCAGGCUCCUUGUCGCCACCGUCAACGGCACCGGGGCGGUGUUCCAGCUCGCCUACAUUUCGCUCUUCAUCUUCUACGCCGACAGCAGGAGGACACAGCUGAAGAUCACGGGGCUCCUGGUGCUCGUAGUGUCUGGGUUUGCGCUCAUUGCGCAUGGGAGCCUGGCCUUCUUCGAUCAGCCGGUUCGGCAGCUGUUUGUUGGCGCUGUGAGCAUGGCGUCUCUGGUCUCCAUGUUUGCUUCCCCGCUGGCCGUCAUGGGUUUGGUGAUCCGGACCGAGUGCGUGGAGUUCAUGCCGUUCUACCUGUCCCUCUCGACGUUCCUGAUGAGUGCCUCUUUCGCGAUGUAUGGGCUUCUGCUGCGUGAUUUCUUCAUAUAUUUCCCUAAUGGGCUUGGAGUUAUCCUUGGAGCAACGCAGUUGGUGCUGUACGCCUACUACAGCAGGAAAUGGAAAUGCAGCGAUUCAUCUGCACCGUUGCUCGCCUGAUUGAAGCUGAAAAUAUUCAGUCAGCUAGCGCUGGUUGCGCCGUGGUUUGGGUUCAGGAAAGAGUGGGCUGAUGGUGUUUUGAAGGAGAGUAGUCUAUUACUUAUUUGUAAUAGAUCCUAUGUGUUGUUUUGUCCUAGUCAGUGUGCUGUACAGGGUGGUGGCUUAUGUCUAGUUAUUUCGCUUCACAUAUUUAUAGUUGAAGCUGUUCUUCAAACAGCAUUUUUCUUGCGAGAACAGCAUCUAUCAUAUUCAUUGGAAAAGAAGAAUACUUGCAAUUGA